AUACCGACAUCUAACACUACUACAUUUUUUCAGUAAUGGCAGGCAAAACUUUAUUAGUUUCAUCUCUCUUGCUCUCCCUCCUCCUCCUCGGAUCCUCAAAUACACACACCACCAAAAGAGUCCGUGCUCACCGCCCGUGUAAAAGGCUUAUACUCUACUUUCACGACAUAAUCUAUAACGGCAAGAAUUCAAAGAAUGCAACUUCUGCAAUCGUAGGUGCGCCGGCUUGGGGCAACCGAACCAUAUUGGCAGGGCAAAACCACUUUGGCGACCUGGUGGUGUUCGACGACCCUAUUACGCUUGACAAUAAUCUGCACUCUCCCCCGAUUGGGCGCGCGCAAGGGUUCUACAUUUACGACAAGAAGGAGAUUUUCACCUCGUGGCUGGCGUUUUCCUUUGUUUUCUACUCCGGGGGGCACGAGGGGAGUAUCAACUUUGCAGGGGCCGAUCCGCUGAUGAACAAGACUAGGGAUGUCUCGGUGAUUGGUGGCACUGGUGACUUCUUCAUGACUAGAGGGGUGGCCACUUUGAUGACCGAUGCCUUUGAGGGGGAAGUGUAUUUCAGGCUUCGAGUUGAUAUCAAGUUGUAUGAAUGUUGGUAACUAGUUUCUUUUCUUUUUUUGGCUUAUGUUGCGUCUUAUUUAUGAUGCCUUCAAUAAUUUACGAUGGAUAUUGUUUCGUGGGGUCUAACCGCUAUGGCCUCUUUGCUCAAUGUUUAUCACUUCGAGUUGAUUUCCAAGUUGAUCUGUUUGGAACAGAAA